AUGCGGCAAGGAACAGGGGUCGGUGGCAGAGAGGCAGGCUCCGGCUGCACCAGCCGCGGCAAGGUCUGCGCGAGACACGAGCACCCGGGCAGGCGGUGGCGCGAGCCUCCCCCACUCCCUGCUCGCACGCGCCGGCUGGGUCUCUGCUGCACAGCCAGGAGCCGGAGCGGCAAGGAGGCGAAGCCCGAGCAAGCGGACCAGCGCCUGGGAAAGAUGGAAGGAGCCUCCUUUGGAGCGGGCCGGGCAGGGGGGGCCGUUGACCCUGUGGAUUUCCUCAAGCAGCCUCAGACCAUUCUCAGGAUAGUGGCCUGGGUCUUCUCCAUCGUGGUGUUCGGCUCCAUCGUCAACGAGGGCUACGUCAACGAUGAGAAGGAGGCGGAACUCAGGUGCGUCUUCAAAAAGAACGAGGAUGCUUGCAACUAUGGCAUCGCCAUCGGCAUCAUUGCCUUCUUCGCCUGCAUCUUCUUCUUCAUCGUCGACCUCUACUUCCAGCAGAUCAGCAGCGUGAAGGACCGGAAACGGGUUGUCCUGCUGGACCUGGGGUUUUCAGGUUUGUGGUCCUUCCUGUGGUUCAUAGCUUUCUGCUUCCUGGCCAACCAGUGGCAGCACACACCAGCCGGCAGAGGGGUGUCUCAAGGAGCAGAUGCCGCCCGGGCAGCCAUCGCCUUCUCAUUCUUCUCCAUCCUCUCCUGGGUUGCCCUGACGGUGAUGGCCAUGCAGAGAUACCACCUGGGGACUGACAUGUCUCUCUUUGCCACGGAUCAGUUUGCCACUGACCCCAAUACAGGAUACCCAGGAUACCCCACUGGCAGCGGCGUUGAAAGCACGGAAACCUAUCAGAGCCCCCCAUUUUCUGAGACCAUAGACACCAGUCCAAAAGGUUACCAGGUGCCAACUUACUAAAGGACGGCGGGCUCAGCACGGUCAUGUAAAAGUAGACAAAGUCUUCUCAUGGUGCAGUACAGUUAACUGGUUGAUUGCAAGUGUAUUAAGUACCAUUUCCUUAAUGUGGCAAGUCAGUGCUGGGUAACUUACUAUUAGCUAGUUGUGCAGUGAAUUCUGUACAGUAGUAUUGGUUCUUGUCUUACCUAAGGGUUUUUUUAUAAAAGCAGUGUUCCCUCUAAGUUUGAAACAGAAGGAAGGUUGCUACUACACAAAAUACACGUGGCAACCACAAAACCACCACCACAAUUCUCUUUGACUUGUUUGAAUGCCAAACGUUAGCAUUGAAUUUUGCUGAGCACCCGGGAAAGUAGACAAUAAUUCUCCUGUUAGAAUACACAAUAGCUGAUGAGUUGAUGGUUAUCUCGUUCUUCCAGAGCUAACACAGAAUUGUUCUCGUUUGGAUGAACCUGGGGUUGCACACACAGCGCCCGUUCAUUCUAGCCUCAUAGCUUCCCACCGUGAGAAGCCACUACAGAGCUUUCUUGUGCUGCAUAGAAAGUCGAGUCUAUGGAAAGUGCCAAAUUUAAAAAGAAAAAAGAAUCAUCUCUGUGUUGUUUCUGAUUUGUAUAUAUGGACUGUACAAAAUAACUGACCCCAUGGUGCAAACUUUAGCUUAGGAUUCAGGCAUCACUGGUUUUGCUUUUUACUUUUUUUUUUUUUUAAUGUUGAAUAACCAAAUCUCUUAUCUGCUUCAACAUUGUAUGUUUAGGAUAUUCAAAAUUACCCUUUCAACUUGGUUUGGAAAACAAUUCUGCAAAUGAUUGUCUGCUAAUUGGAAAGACCACUUAGUGGGAAAUAUGGUAUGUUACUGUUCAAUGCCAACGUUAGGUUUGUCACACUAAACAGUUUGCAAAUUUCCAAUGGGUUGCUACCAGUGAUACUGAACAGCUAUUUACUCUAUCAUUUAAAGUUGCCUACACAAGUGGUGUGGGCGUGUUACAACACAGUGACUCAACUUUAAAUCUAAUCAAUUGGAAAGCCUGGCCUUUAUUUUGAUAUUGGCAAGUGCCACCAUCUGCCAUUAACAGAAGCAAAUAAAUUCAGGUGUGACUAUAUUGUUACAUUGCAGCUGCUAGAAAUAUGUAAACCAUUCAGAUGUUAUAAAGCAAGACUGAAAAGCCAUUCAGCUUGAUAGCAUGAGCAGUAAAUGAAGAGUAAACCAUGACCCAUAUCUUCAAUUAAUGUGAGAGAAUUAACAAAGUGAGUUAAUAUAAAAUGUGAAGGGGACAAUGCCUGAAUUUUAGUUAUCAUCUGCAAACUGAUCGGCUUAUUAGAAUCAAAUGAAUGUAAACCAUACAAAAGCCAGUAGAUCGGCUACCCCAGUAAUACGCUGUCCCAGGUUAUCCAGCUGACCAGUGGUGGUGGUUGUGUGGCAUUUUCUCUCUGAGGACAAACUCCAAGGAUAGCAGACAUCUGGAUGAGUUAAAUGUUGACGCUCCUACUGCCAUGAUGGGAGCUUUGCUCUGUAUUUAAGAUCAUCCAUUGCUAAUCUGGAUCAAUUUGAUUUGGUUAAUUUGUUUGGUUUUUUUAAACGAGAGCCAGUUCAAAAGUAUAUUUCUUGUUUGCAAAAUGUGUGUGUUAGUGAGACAGUUGAAAGGUCUUAUGACUUCUGACCUCAUGAUGAGCAACUAGUUAAAAUGACUUUCCCCCACUUUUUUUGUAGUAAAAACCAUUUUGUCAUCAAUGCGGCUCAUUUCAACAGCUAUUUAAAUUGCAAAUAAAUAUGUUAAUUAACAGUGACAUACAGUCAUAAGCAGUUUCUGUCACUGACAAAACGGAGUUAGUUGAACUUCUGACUAUCCAGAAAGGAUUAAAAUGUGCAUUUCCAGUGAAAGUUACAUUUACUGCACCUGAAAGAAGCAAGCUUAGCUGCCAGUGUCUAGAAAAAUAAACCAGAGCAGGUUUUUCACAUUACAGUGACAAAACUAAAAACUUCGCCCCGUUUAGCUUCAGUCAUUUUUGGCACUGCUUUGAGAUGAAUUUGCACCCAGUCUGACAUUCCAAACCCCUGAGAAUUUCUGCUUGACUGAAUCCCAUUGCCACGGGAUUCCUGUCCCAAACAGCAAAGGGGCUAAGGACAAGCCACAGACUGCUGCUCUUCUUUAAGCCAGGCGCUUCCUGCUGGCCUGGAGCAGGGAGAUGCAACAGGCAAAUGCAUUAGGGAAGGCUGCAGUUGACGGGAACGCACUGAGAAACCCUCACAUUAAGAGGACAAAGAACAUCUGAAUCCCAAUACAUUAUACACCUACGUUAAUUAUAUGACCAUUGUGAUUCUCUACCAAAUCAGUCUUGCUGGGGGGAAAAAAUCAAAUUAUUUUCCUACAGGGUACAGUAGAGCCGUAGCAAUAUUUUCCUUAGAGGGAACACUGAAAAUUUAGCAGCACAAAACAUACUUGUGUUAAUAUUUUAGCAAAAUUAUAAUCAAUUUAAAUGUUUACUUAAAUUGAUUGUACAUGUGAGAUAAUGUUUGUUCAGUACAUUGUAUUUUUUCUAACUAUAUACCUGUUCCAGAGUUUCCUUGUAACUGUAAAGAACUAAGUUCUGUCUGACUGCUAGAACUGUCCUGCUCAGUGGUGUACACGUGCUAAAUAUUACAAUAUGAAUGUAAGCACCUGAGGCCUACAUUGCAUUGUCUCAUUUUUUCCUCCCCAACUGGAACACUCAAUGGAUUUCCGCUGAGGUCUGUACAAGAGUCCAGUCAAUGCAAAAAAAAAAAAAAAAAAAACACAUAGCUGCACACAGACACACCAAUAAGGACUGGCCUUGAGGGCAGCAACCCUAAAGUAUUGCACGAGGAACAGAGGCAAGACUAUGUGGCUGUGACUUAACACCUGCAGGCAUUAACUUCACAAUCAAGGGGCACCAUUGCUCUCCUCAGGGCCACAUUUCAUUUUCCAAUUGUCGCUCAAAUAGUCACUAUGUUUAAUGACACUUUUAAUGUGACCCCCCGUUUAGGAAACUAGCUACUUUUCCAGGUUUGGGGAGGUGGAUUGAGCACCAGGGACAUUUUAGUGGCGGCAGGAAAGCCGUGCAGAUUGCUACUGGCUUAGAAUCAGAGGUGUACAAAGCUAUAACCUACUCAGUCAGUGCAAGGUUCGGUUACAGCAGCACUCGCUCAGCUGAAGGAAGUCCUGCCACGCUCUCUACUGCUGAAACCCUUCCCUGUCCCCCAGGUAUUCCACUCCCUGCUGCACUGGUGCCAUGCUCCAGCCUCCAUGGACUCAAAGCUGAUCUGCCUUUAGUGUUGGGACAGCAGUGUGGAAGCCUGGGUGGUCUCUGCACACUUGCUGCCCUGUCUAGGCAAGUGAUGAAUUACACUUGGCCCUAUGAGGCUGUUUUAGCCAGUCACGUCAGAGAAGCGUAACUAAUAUUGUAUUGAAAUGCGCAAGUCACACCUGCCUUGGAAACAGUAUUUACAAAACUUUUAAAGACAUUUUUCUGGCUUGUUUGCCAGCAUGGUGAACUUCCUGUUUAACUCUAUUUUACUGGGUAGUAGCAUAGCUUAGUAGUUGGUAAAAAACCUUCUGAAUUAACAGAUAUGCUUAAAGGUAGCAUAAGACAUCUGACCUCACUGCAGCCAGUAAUGAGACGUGCCUACCACUUGCAUUAAAUCCUGUUUCCAAGCAGUUUGCAAGAUUCCAAGGUGUUCCCUGUAGCCAUUUCAAGUGUUAAUAGUGCUGUUUAUUAACUGUUGUGGUAGCACAUCUAUGUAUCAGUGAAUUGUGAAGUAGACUAGUGUACACAGAUACAGAUGUAAUUAAAUAGAUUCUUAUGGACUAUGGAUAGCAAAUUACUAGAUGUCAGUGUAGUAACUGUAGUACAUUAUUUGUGGGUUCCCAUAUUACUUAUUCAGAUCACUCCUUUCUCUUUCCUAUUAUUCUGUUGUAAAUUCACUGUGGUUCAGUAGCUAUUAGCUGCUUUACUUGUAACGAUCCAGACCAAAUCUUAUAAGCAUGCCAGGAUUUUGCUGUGAAUUAGAGUGUCAUGCCAGUUGCUCUCCAUAUGCUGUUUUUGCAGGCUGUUUACAUAUAUACUGCAUUGUGUUCCCUGGAGAUUUCCAAAAGCCCAAUAGAUAAUUUACCAUACAGAGGGCCAGUUUAUGCUGCUCUCAGGCUAGUCUGCUGAAAGCUUCUGCAUUACUGUUAGCAUGAAGUUUGGGUGUAAAGAAUAGAGCUUAAGAAAAAAAAAAGUCACAUCUGGCUUGCUGGAGAGUUGUUCUAUAGAAAUAGCCUUGAUACAGGAUGCCUUGGUGCAGCAACACCGAGGUUAACAAGCAAACUGUGCUUUUGUGUAAGCUUCAUUGUUGUUUUUGCAUGUUCAAUAUCGUAGGGUCGAAAGAACAGCUGUAUAUUGGCAAUGUCUCACUGAGGAAAAAGUAUCAUUUCCUACCUUUUCAUUAGUCCCAGUGAGUAAAGAUGACAUGAUAAACUGAGGUUUAGUAGAAAAGUUUGGUUUUUUUCUUUGUCCAUAACAAAAUGUCUUUAAAAUAGUGUACAGAGUUUGGUCCCUGUACUAGUAACGUCAUUACCACCCCGGAGUUACGUUUUGUUUUUUGCACAGAUGCUUUGAAGCAGGCCAGUUUCCUGGCCUGUAAAGUGCACACAGAACUUACCCUACUUCACAGCUAUGUUGAAGAUCAGUUCAUGUUAAUACUUAGCACUUACUAUUCUAGCAUGUACAUUUCCUAUUUUUCCUCAGGUCUGCAUUCCCAGUAAUUCACACUCCCUCUUCUCUCCCUCCACAAAUCCAAAAGUUAGUGUUGGCAGAUUACGUUUCAGUUCUACAUGCUGCAGGUGUGGUACAGGCUAACUUUAAGGACAUCAUUUAUCACAAAGUCAUUUCCAUGGAAUCAGUAUUUCUUUUAUACAGAACUACCUUAAAAUUUCACAAACUCACUUUUUGGCCUUUCUUCUACAGUGUGUGUGUGUGUGUGUAGGGAGCCUGUGAGCCCAUUUCCAUUAUACAUUUAUUCAUGGUACUUUAACAAACAGUGCUUCUUGGGGCCAUUCGUGUCAAAACAACCCUCACAAAUGAGGCUUAAACAAUGGCCUUUUAAUGUAUCAACUUGAAGCCCGAAGUUAGCUGCCUGUAUUUUGUUGCAAUAUGCAUUUAAACCUCAGAUUCUUUAAUAGUUUUUAAUAUCAAACUGAUACCAAAUGUGGUUUGCGAAUUUAAUUUUUUGCAGAUACCUCUUUACAAGCAGACCGCUUCAUGGAGUUGCAGUUGUCAGUAAUCCUACGUGCAUUGUAGUACAGAGUGGACUAUGUAUGGGAGUAAAUAAAAAUGUUUACAAUUUUUGUAUUGAUCUUUUGAAAGAACAAUCUGUGAUUGUGUAUUUUCAGUGUCCGUGUACCAACUGCAACUUAUUUUCAAUAAAGAUUUAAAAAUUAAUAGAA